UCCCUGUAAAUUAGGGCACCGACGCUUCAAAAUGACAUAAAUCUGCAAAAUAUCUUCUGCCUAUAUCUCCUCCUCGCCAUUUUCUUCAAUUCCACAUCUGCACGUCAACCUUCGCCGCUGGUGUUUCAUUUUCAGGCGACUAUUUCAGAUCUUGACAGGAAGUGAGAGUGUGGCCAAUUACUGAUCUCCGCCGUCGAGAUCCGUCCCGCCCCGCCCGUAAAUCUGCAAAAGAUGGAUUCCUUCCGAAAAUUGAAGAUCUGGACUCUGCUUCUAUUCGCGACGGCUUUCGAGGUCGGAUUAGGGUUCUAUCUUCCCGGCAGUUACCCUCACAAGUAUACCACCGGUGAUUCCUUGAACGUGAAGGUCAAUUCCUUGACUUCGAUCGAUACCGAGCUCCCCUACAGCUAUUACAGCCUCCCAUUCUGCCGGCCGAUGGAAGGAAUCAAGGACAGCGCGGAGAAUCUCGGCGAGCUUCUCAUGGGCGACAGGAUCGAAAACUCUCCUUACAGAUUCAAAAUGUUCACCAACGAGACCGACAUUUUUGUGUGCCAAACGAAGCCUCUGUCCGCCGAUGAAUUCGCUCUCUUGAAGAAAAGGAUCGAUGAGAUGUACCAAGUGAAUGUGAUUCUGGACAACUUGCCGGCGAUCCGGUUCACCAAGAAGGAGAGCCUGACAUUGCGGUGGACCGGUUAUCCGGUCGGCGUCAGAGUGCAAGAAGCUUAUUACGUCUUCAAUCACUUGAAGUUCAAAGUUCUAGUUCAUAAGUAUGAGGAUAGCACUGUUGCCAGGGUUAUGGGCACCGGCGAUUCGGCCGGGGUGAUCCAGGGGAGCUCUGGAUCGGAAGCCCCCGGAUACAUGGUUGUCGGUUUUGAAGUAGUGCCCUGUAGUUUCCAGCACAAUCCCGACUUAUCGAAGAAUUUGAAGAUGUAUGAGAAGUAUAGGAGUCCAAUUAGCUGCGAUCCGGGGACAGUGUCGAUGGCGAUCAAGGAGAAUGAACCGCUGAUCUUUACAUACGAGGUGUCGUUUGUCGAGAGCGACAUCAAAUGGCCUUCGAGAUGGGAUGCGUAUUUGAAGAUGGAGGGAGCUAAAGUGCAUUGGUUCUCGAUUCUCAACUCUCUAAUGGUGAUCACUUUCUUGGCGGGGAUUGUGCUCGUCAUAUUCUUGAGAACGGUUAGGCGGGAUCUCACAAGGUACGAAGAGCUCGACAAGGAAGCGCAAGCGCAGAUGAAUGAGGAGCUCUCAGGAUGGAAGCUUGUUGUGGGCGACGUCUUCCGCGCGCCAGCUCAUCCGGCUCUCUUAUGUGUAAUGGUCGGAGAUGGGGUUCAGAUACUCGGGAUGGCUGUCGUGACAAUCUUGUUCGCAGCAUUAGGGUUCAUGUCCCCUGCAUCUCGCGGCGCGCUGAUUACGGGAAUGCUGUCCUUUUAUUUAAUCCUAGGUAUUGCGGCUGGCUAUGUGGCUGUUCGAAUGUGGAGGACGAUCUUCUGUGGAGAUCAUAAGGGAUGGAUUUCGGUGUCGUGGAAGGUUGCCUGUUUCUUCCCCGGCAUCUCGUUCCUUAUCCUUACAACCUUAAACUUCCUGUUAUGGGGCAGCCACAGCACCGGAGCUAUUCCCUUCUCCAUAUUCGUCGUACUGAUUUUGAUGUGGUUCUGCAUCUCGGUUCCCCUAACCCUCGUGGGCGGAUAUUUUGGGGCUAAAGCGCCUCACAUCGAAUACCCUGUCCGAACCAAUCAAAUCCCCCGUGAAAUCCCUCCCCAGAAGUAUCCAUCUUGGCUGUUGGUUCUCGGGGCGGGCACCCUCCCGUUUGGGACGCUUUUCAUCGAACUGUUCUUCAUAAUGUCGAGCCUGUGGAUGGGGAGGGCGUACUAUGUGUUCGGGUUCUUGUUCGUGGUGCUUAUCCUUUUGGUCGUGGUUUGCGCCGAGGUGUCGCUGGUGCUGACGUACAUGCAUCUGUGCGUCGAGGACUGGAAAUGGUGGUGGAAGUCGUUCUUUGCUUCGGGCUCGGUUGCGUUGUACAUUUUCCUUUACUCGGUGAAUUACCUGAUUUUCGACCUCAAGAGCCUGAGCGGACCUGUCUCGGCUACGCUCUACCUCGGGUACUCGCUGUUCAUGGUUCUUGCGAUUAUGCUGGCGACGGGGACGGUGGGGUUCCUGUCGUCCUUCUGGUUUGUGCAUUACCUCUUCUCGUCUGUGAAGCUCGACUGAAUCGAUCGAUCUGUGUUACUGGUUUUUGCUUUGAGAAUUUUGUUGUUGUUUUUGUUACAAUGUGUUAGGGAGAUGAUGAGAUACAAAGACACUACCACCGCAGUUGCUGCAGCAUCCACCAUGUUCAUACACACACAGUUACACACUCACACCUCUUCUCUUUAUGUAACUUUUUUCUUUUCUUCUUCAUUAAGUUCAAAUGCUUUUGGAUCA